CCGGCUCGCUUUUUCUUCCGUUUCCGCCGGAAGCCCCUCCCUGUUAGCUGUAGCUGCUAGCUCUACGGGGGGACCAUAAGUGGGGGAGAAACUGUCAAACUGGGAAGAAAAGUGGGCUUAAAGGAACGAGAUGAGCGCGGACAAGGACAGCAGAGGACCGCGGUGACCGAGUGUGUCCGCCCCCAAACGACCACCUCUCACGUAGGAUCAUGCAAUCUUUCCUCUCUUGACCGCUAAAUUUGCUGACACAAGAUGGGCUUUGGUCGGGAUCUGAGAAAUUCCCACGAGGGAUUGCUGAAGCUGCAGGAUUGGGAAUUAAAGCUGCUGGAGGCCGUCAAACGUUUCAUGACCCUGCGCGUGAAGAGCGAUAAAGAAUACGCCGCCCUGCUGCUCAACAUGACUCAGCAGAUGGAAAAACAUGACGCGGCAGACUACGUCAGCACCGUCAGCAAGUCUUGGUCGCAGGUGGUGCGUCAGACGGAGGUGCUGGGUCGUGUCAUGAGGAGCCAUGCUGACGACCUCAACUCGGGUCCUCUGCACCGCCUCGCCACGCUGAUCCGAGACAAGCAGCACGUGAAGAAGAGUUACCAGAGUCUUCAUCAGCUGCUGGAGAGCCACAACCACAAGGUUACUAGGAGUGACCUGGACAAGCUGAAGUCCACGUAUCGUCAGCUGAGCCGGGACGCCAACAAUGCCAAAGAGAAAUAUCGAGAAGCUCUCAGUAAAGGCCGGGAGGCAGAGCGUGCUCACGAGCGUUACGACAAAGCGAUGGCCAAGUUACACAACCUGCACAACCAGUACGUGGUGGCGGUGUGCGGUGCGCAGACGCAACAGGAAGAGUACCAGCGGCGUGCGGCGCCCGCUUUGCUCGACGCCCUGCAGAGGAUGCAGGAGGACAUGACGCUCGCUCUAAAGAACAUUCUGGAGGAGUACUGUGAGAUCAGCAGUCUUCUGACAGAGGAAGUCGUUAAAGUUCAUCAAGAGAUUUCCACAUCCGUUCAGCAGAUCGACCCGCUUGUAGAGUACCAGCACUUCAUCGAUGCCUACAGGUCUCCAGAGGUCCCAGAGGCCACUGUGGAGUUCGACACGUCUCUGUUGGAUGAGACGGACAACCUGCCGGCCAAUGAGAUCCUCUGGAACACCUUGACGGCCGACAGUCUGCAGACCAUGUUGUCCUCUGCGACGGAGGAGCUGGCGCUGACUCAGCAGAACCUGAGGACCAAAGAGGCGCUGGUGGACGACAUGGACUUGAAGAUUCAAACCAGUCAACAGAACACUGAAAGAAAGAGCGACUGCGUCCUCCUCCUCAGUCAGCAACUGUCGCUACUCGAGCUCCGUCAAACCGUCCAGUCGCUACGCAGCUCGGAAGCCCGCCUCUCCUCGCAAAAGGCCCUGAUGGACACCAAGAUGGCCGCCGCCGCCACGCCGCCCCCACCGCCGCCGGCCCUCACGCUCCCCUACGAGGACGAGACUCGCUCCGUCAGCUCCACUGACAAAAGCAAGGAGAAGAGCUCGCGUUUUGACACGCUGCGUCACUCCCUGGCUGGGAUGAUUCGCUCGCCAAAAGCCAUGUUGGGCUCGUCGUCGUCGCACUUCUUUGACGUCAUUCCGUCAUCGGAGCGCCCCCUGGCGGAUCAGGAGUGGUAUCACGGUGCCAUUCCUCGCACCGAGGCCCAAGAGCUACUUAGGCAGCAGGGCGACUUUUUAGUGCGGGAGAGCCAUGGCAAACCGGGCGAGUAUGUCCUGUCGGUGUUUUCCGACGAGCAGCGACGACACUUCAUCAUCCAGUAUGCCGAUAGUCAGUACCGCUUUGAGGGCACGGGCUUCGCCACCAUCCCCCAGCUCAUCGAGCACCACUUCUCCACCAAGCAGCUCAUCACCAAAAAGUCCGGCGUGGUGCUCCUCAACCCCGUCGUCAAGGAUAAAAAAUGGAUCCUUAACCACGAGGACGUUGUGUUGGGCGAGCUGCUGGGAAAGGGUAACUUUGGCGAAGUGUUCAAAGGGACGUUGCUACGGGACAAAACGCCAGUGGCCGUCAAAACCUGCAAGGAAGAUUUACCUCCAGAACUCAAGAUUCGCUUCUUGUCAGAAGCCAGGAUCCUCAAACAGUACGACCACUCCAACAUCGUCAAGCUGAUUGGCAUCUGCACUCAGAGGCAGCCCAUCUACAUCGUCAUGGAGCUGGUUCCAGGUGGAGACUUCCUGUCGUUCCUGAGGAAGAAGAAGGACGAGCUGAAGACCAAGCAGCUCGUACGUUUCUCUGUGGACGCUGCGGCGGGCAUGGCGUACUUGGAGAGUAAGAAUUGCAUCCACAGGGACCUGGCGGCCAGGAACUGUCUGGUCGGCGAGGGCAGCGUGUUGAAGAUCAGCGACUUCGGGAUGAGUCGUCAGGAAGAUGACGGCGUUUAUUCCUCGUCCGGACUCAAACAGAUUCCCAUUAAAUGGACGGCACCGGAAGCUCUUAAUUACGGUCGUUACAGUUCUGAGAGUGACGUGUGGAGCUACGGCAUUCUCCUGUGGGAAACCUUCAGCCUGGGGGUGUGUCCUUAUCCGGGAAUGACCAAUCAGCAGGCUCGAGAGCAAGUGGAGAAAGGUUACCGGAUGGCGUGUCCUCAGCGUUGCCCUGACGACGUGUACAAAGUCAUGCAGCGCUGUUGGCAGUACAACCCCGAGGAUCGUCCCAAGUUCUCGGAACUGCAGCGAGACCUCGCCGCCAUCAAGAAGAAGUGACGGGAAGUGCGGCCUUCUUUCCCGCGUUUUAUCUUAUGAUCGUGUGACUGAAGUAGGCGGUUAAAACACCCAAUGUGAACGGCGUGCGUCAGCAUGGAGCGACGCGAGCCGACUCGGCAUCUGGAAGCACCACAUCUGGCACAGGAAGUAUGUUGCUCAAAGUGUGCCAGCGUUUGCCAACACUACAUGCAUUUUUUUACACAGAUGGGAGAUGAGUGGUAAUGUGCAACAUCCCAAUAUAAAAUACAACCAGCAUAACACAAAGCAUGCAAAUAGGGUGGGACCUCAACCGGUCUUAAGGACUAAUUUUCCCACAUCACUGAAACACUAUUAGGCAUCAUUAGGAAUGUGUAUUAUACAUCUGGACUUUUAAAAAAAUGGUAUUUAUAUUGUUUUUAUUGCUACCUGCAUCCAGAAGGCCACACGCCCUGACUGCAUGAAAAAAAAUUAACGCGUUAUUUAUUUAUUGUAAAAAAAGUUUUUUUUUAUUUUUACUCAACGUUUGGUAUGACAUUGAUAGAUGCAUCCUUUUUAACUUCAAAAGGUUGCAUUUUCUUGACGGUCAUCAGUCCAAAUUCCAACAAGCACACGCCUUGAUGUUGUAGAAGACGGAGCUUGUUAUAGUGACGUCUCCACAGGACCACUGCUGGCCUGCACAUAACUGCCAAAUACCUUUUUUUUUUACGUUACUUCCAUGUGACUAAGCCUUUUAUAAGACCUUAUUGUUACGUUUAUAAUGAAAAUAAAAUAUGAGAGAAGAACAA